AUGAGGCUUGCAGCCUCAGCCAACUUCAAAUGCAGCCGUCCCGGCAUUCCUGUUGUCGAUGAAGAUGUCGGUCCUGGGCUCACUACAAUCGACGGCGAUAUCAACGUGGUCAUGUUCACGCGCAACGGUGCUGCAGUGCGAACGAAAAACUUUGGCGCUCGUAAUGCCCAUGGAUUCACUUACUGGCCCAAUGCAGACGCUAUCGACAGAAAGGAAGGCACGGGCUAUUACGGCUUCUUCGUGACCACUAGCGCAGCCGAACAAGCCAUGUGGAAUACCGCAGAUCCAACAUGGAAAAGAUGCUGCCGAGCUCAAGCAGCUUUCAAUGUCACGCUUGGCCUGACUUCAGGAUACGUCAGCCCUCUCAGCACAGUCUCUGCCUGGGUCGAGUGUGGUGGCGCAGCUGCGAGCAUUCCCACAGGCUGCGCUCGCCAAUUGACCAGAGAACGAGAAGUCCAAUGCUCACCGGCCUUUCACAGCAUUGCGGACGUGACAAUCCCUGCAUUAGAGGUGCCAAAAAUUCAAGUCUAUCAGUUCUAUUAUCAAGCUGCAGGCCAAUGUCAACUAGCUGGCUGGCGCCGCGAAGGAGCCACAUGGAUGAGCACCACAAUGGGCCCAUUGAUCAGCACCAUCGUCACGAUCGCGCUCCCCGCACCCACGAGCACUGCUGAGCUGAUCAGUUUUGAUGGCGGCCGCUUCUUUGCUAAUAUCAAAGAGGUCAGAUACCCUGGCACUGAGCUUGUGACCAUACGAUUCACAGCCACGCUCAAGGAGUAUGGCAUGUUGCAGAACAACUGGGUACCAGAGGAACAACCAUGCUGCAACGCAAUCUCGUUCGCUUCCAUCAUCGUUGGCGCUUACAGACGCCAUGUGAAUAUAUUGCUCGGUAGCCCGGCUGGAUGUGGGCCGAUGUGCGUCGCGUGCCUACCAAGCAAGCUCGUGUACUCGGGCCGAGAAAGCAGAUGCAAACUUCAAUACGAUCCCGAUGUCAAGUUCACUUGCAAGGAUGUCAAGCGACGACUCGAGCUCAUGACGCUGUCGUCUGUACAGUAG